AUGCUCAGGGUUGCACGUGCGCAGCCACCGCCCUUGUACAAGAGGUUUCCGUUCUGCAAAUGUCCAGCUUCGCCAUUUAUCUACAGCUUAGAUCCGGAUGUCGAAAGUUAUGGCAACGGAACGUUCUGCUUUACGCUGAACGUCACUCCUUCAUUUGCCUCUGGGUAUUGUGCAACGGCGGAGCUCCAUAAAUUGGAGAUCAAUAUAAAUCCCUCCUGCGAUGUGCGGUCGACCAUUGUCAAGUCAACCCUCAACGGCACGCCCACGAAAGUCGGCCCGGCGUUCAGCAAGCCCCCGGGCGGCCCAGCAGGCAGUGUCGUCCUGCGCCUCACCCAGCUAGGUCUGGGUCUCAACAGUACGGGCACCCAGAUUUGCAUCUCCUUAUCGAGCAAGAAAGGGGCUCAGGGCUGCACCUCUCUGGAGACGCUAUGUCAGCCGCCCCCCGGGGCCCCCAGCGGUGUCUGCUGGACUGCACUGUUCGACUCCAAGCUCGCUUGCUGUAAACCAUCCGCGCCGCCGCCUCCUUACCCGCCGUCACCUGAAAUACCCUCUCUUCCACCGCCGCCGCCUCCCCCACCACCGCCUCCCUCGUCGCCACCCUCGCUUUUCCCUCCCGAUCUACCUCCUCCUUGCAAGGUCUGCACCUACGUAACCUUCGUGCCUUAUGAAACUGUGGGGGCGAAUUUUUCCUUUUCCACCGAUCAUUGCUACGAUAUCGCAAAUCGAAUUAUUGACGACCUGAGUCAGUACGCAGAAGUCGCCAAACUGCUGCCAGUUGAGCCUGAGGUCACCUGUCGCACUGAUCUGGUUAAGGUGUGCAUCUACUUUGCUUCUGAUGCGGAAGGUGCCAAGCUAUCGCCGUACAUAGAUGCGCAAGCAAAUGCCUGGCUAGACUAUGCCUUCGGCUUUGCCUGCCCGACUAAUCUAACGGGUCACCAGCUUGUAGUGGAAGUCGGUGGUGACAGCGACUCCUGGCCGGGUAUCCCGGAGACCUGCCUCAAUGCCAGGGCUGCGCUUGAGUGCCAUCUCAGCCCACCCAAGUUCCCCAAGUGCAAAUGCGACACGAGCAAGUUCGCGACCCCGUUCGCGGCCCUGCCAUACAUCACCACUGCCCAGGGCCGCAAGGAGAGCACACAGCUCUACUGCUUCAACAUCACUGUUGUGGAACCUACGAAUUCAAGCAGUUACUGUGGCAGCACGGAAGUGCUGUUCAAGGCCGAGUUCUGGGCGAAUGAUACUUUGCGCGGCAGCUUGAAAGGGAUCGGUGUGCAGCCAGCGGACUCUCCCUCCAUGAAGUUCAUCUCGGCCUCCUGGGGUAAGUCAGGCGACGAUACCCUAAAGGCCACACAGCUCUACUGGACCAAGGCUCAGGCAGAGGGCGGCAAGAUCUGCUUGGAGCUCAGUCGCGAUACGGACCUGAACAGCUUCUGCCUUACCAACGGGAUUCGGAAUGCCUGCUGGAUAAACUUCUUCGACACUAAAAAGAAGUGUUGUCCGCUGUUCCAAGCAACUGUCCCUUGAGCAGUAAAAAGCAACGUCUUCCUGGCAGCAGGUGGUGUGGGUGGCCAUCGGUCUCGAUCCGUGCUGUUGUGCCUCCGGUUCUGCGCCACGGCAUGAUGAGGAUUUCGUUUGCUUUUUUGUCCAUUUCAUCGUCUUACCUGACGAGUGCGCGUUCGUGUGUAGGGGAUUAAGGGGUUAUGGGCUUCGGGGAUGUGUUCAACAGUUUGCUGUUAGUAGUCUGCAAGGCUGCAAGAGUCUAGCUGCAGUCAGGGGGCGGCGAGAGUCCUGCUCUCUCGCAUGCGUUCCUGCUUUUGCAAUCCGGAAUAAUAGUAGGAACGCAGUGUUCUGUUGUUCGUGCUUUCCUGGCGGGACGAACAUAUUAGGGUAAACAGUGAUACUCAUGAAGGAAAUGAAGUAUGCGUACUUCUUUCCCUUAAUAACUACGUACAUGCCAUCAUCAUCACCUCCUAUACCAGCUAGUCGGUUGCGAGGUUGCGUGGGUGUACGAAUUUCGCUCAAUUUGUUACGCUAGGCCUGCUGUUCGGUGGGAACACGGGAGAUCAAAUAUUAAGCACCAGGCUGUUUCACUGAAUGAAAAUCUCUUCGCGCUGCUGCAGAUUCAAGUACUGCAUGCAGUCCAUUUAUGGGCGGACGGAGUUUGCAGGAUGUAUGUGCAGGGUGCAUGUGCAGGAUGUAUGUGCAGGGUGCAUGUGCAGGAUGUAUGUGCAGGGUGCAUGUGCAGGAUGUAUGUGCAGGAUGCAUGUGCAGGAUGUUGCUGGCAAGCAAGUGCUAGAAGAAUAUUUUAAACAGCUUGUUGGGAAAAGGUUGAAAGGGAUUUGUCCGCAGUGCAAUCGUAAUGGACCAUGACAGGCAAGAGUUUGCAGUUGCAAAACCUUAGAACUAGCGUUCAUAUAUGUGCGGUAGAUGUGAUGAUGCCUGCAUGCGCACGGACGAUCAGAUCUUGUCCCCGUCUCGUUCAUUCAGGUCGCUAGCUGGCGCUGUGUAUAUAUCCCCACCACCUUGCACGUCGCCGUACCAGCCGUCGUUGCGUUGACAAUCGUUUCCUGGAUUUGCGAUCUAAAUUAUAUCUGAUGAUGCUUAUGUUGUCGCUUCUGUUGCAACGCCAGCUGUGGACGCUUGCUUGGCCCCUUACACUAAACCAGCUGGAAGCCGUAAAAUAUAUAUUAGGUUCGUGCGUUUUGCGUGCUGCGAUGGGGUUGCAUGUCCGAGCUCUUCCGAGCUGCAAUUAUUGCGACAUAGCAUAUGCUGCUUUCUUAAAGGCACGUGACUGCCCUGUUGGCGGUCUCCGGGACCUACGUAAUCCAUUACCAGGUAUUUGCUCCACGUACUAAUGCCUCGCUGAAUAUUGCGCCUUCCACCAUAGCCCCUACUUUCCUAGCCGGUCCUGCGUCUUAAUCGUUGCUGUGGAGCCGUUACAGUUGCGCUGGAUUAUUGCAUAGACAUGGAAAACCUUGAAUUUGCCGCUGUACGGCAGGUAGUAGUGCUACCAGAGUGUACGGUGGUGGACCGGUUAUUACCCGUGCUGACCAUGGGGCUUCAGGAACUGGCAAUGGAACCCUACAGGAUGUGUUGUAAUCCGACUAGCUGUG